CAGAGUCCUUCCUGUUUACAGAAAUUUCAAGGAAGCAGCAGCAACAGGGCAGUCGCUAAACACAGAUGGAUUCGCCUCAGUGAUCUGCAGGAGGAGAGGACCCAUGCUCUGUCAUCUCUGUGCUACCACACCAGCCCUCUACAUACUGUGGAUGAUCAUGGCUCAAGUUUCUGGUCAGGAGGACAGAGAGAAAACUACUGCACUCAAAGAUUUGCUGUCAAGAAUAGACUUAGAUGAACUAAUGAAGAAAGAUGAACCUCCUUUCACAUUCCCCAAAACAUUGGAAGAGUUUGAAUACGCCUUUAAUGAACAUGGCCAGCUGAGACAUAUAAAAACAGGUGAACCCUUUGUAUUCAAUGCCAGAGAGGAUCUCCACCGCUGGAAUCAAAAACGCUAUGAAGCACUCGGAGAGAUCAUCACUCAAUAUGUUUAUGAGCUGUUGGAGAAAAAGUGCAACAUGAAUAAAGCAAUCAUACCAGUGGAUGCCACAGAAGAUGAACCCACCAGUUUUAUCUACCUGAGCCCUGAUGCCUUGUCAAAUCCAUCCAAGCUGCUGGUGCUAAUCCAAGGUAGCGGUGUGGUGCGGGCUGGUCAGUGGGCCCGUAGACUAAUCAUCAACCAGGACCUGGACUCAGGAACACAAAUCCCCUUCAUUAACAAAGCUAUAGAGGAGGGCUUUGGUGUGAUGGUGCUAAACCCCAACGAGAACUUCUUGGAAUUGGAAAAGCCAGCAAGGUCCUCUCCCAUUCCAUCUCCUGCUGAACCCUCAGAUGAACCGGCUGAAAAGAGGGAACGCAAAGAUGAAAAAGAGAGCAAAAAGAAGAAAGAAUUUUAUGAGAAAUACCGCAACCCGCAGAAAGAGACAGAGACUGAACGCAUUCCUAUACGGGGAAGUGGUUCCUCAGAGGAACAUGUGCUCUACGUGUGGGACCACUUUGUAUCCAAAGCCGCAGCCAAGAAUGUCUUCAUAAUAGCCCACAGCUAUGGAGGGUUGUCUUUCGUUGAACUGAUGAAUCACAGAGAAAUGCAGUUGAGGAACAGAGUGUGUGCUGUGGCUCUCACUGACUCUUCUCACAACAUCUGGCUACAGGACACCAGCAAAGGAACACGAGACUGGAUGCAGCAGUGCUGUUGUAACUGGGUAUCAAGUCCUGAACCAUUGGACACGCCUCUCGAUCCCAUGCUGCCAGACUGCCCCCGAGUUUCUGCAGGCACAGAGAAGCAUGAGCUGACCUCCUGGAUGAGUUUCAACUCCAUCUUCAGAUUUUUCAGGGAGGUACUGGAGGCAAAAGAAAAUGAAGAGCUAGAGGAGACCUGCAACGCUGUCACCACACGCAGCAUCUCUCUCAAAAACAAUCACCAAGAUUUGUAGAGAGCCAUCAGCAGUGGCUUGGAACACAAGGAGAUUUUUCAGCAGAGAGCUGGGGAGGAAUCAGAUAUGAGAGUGCAGAAAGGGUCCUCUUCUGUUUUUUUUUCUUCUUUUUUGCCUUUUCCUCUGUAACCUCUCACCAGUUUUCCUUCCUCGCAUUUUUCCCCGAGUGUCAUUUCACCCCUCUAGCCCUUCCUGCCUUUGCACUCACAUAUCCCCUUGUUGUUAGAGACGAGAGUACAGGGUCACCAUGUAUACAUCACAAUAACGUUUUGCAUUACUUCUAGUUGAGUGCAACUGUCAAAGCAAUAUGGGUAAGAGUGUUAGUGCUUCCCGUGGGCUGUGGCCUGGCUCUGGGUACGGACAACAGCAGCAGAGAUUAAGGCUGACAGGCACUGUGUACAGUGCGCCGUGGUGCACCUCUAAUUGUCCUGACAUCAGCCUGAACUGAGCUAAUGCCCUGCCUGCCCUCCAGUCUGCAUCACUCAGUCUUUCCCUUCUCCCUGCUGUCCUCCAUCUCCCUGGUCCUAAAGCCUGGAAAACCCUGAAAAUAGCUCAUGUGGUACAACCAAUUAAUGUUCUCUAUGAUUUUAACCUGGCCAUGCUAUUUUAUUUUUUCAGAACAUACACAUGAAUAUUUUUUAAGAUGUGUAAACUUUCAUAACUGAUGAAAGGUGUUAUUAUGACCGCUUGAUUUUCUUUAUUGCUUUUCACACAUGCUAUUGGCUUUUAAACUCGACUUUUCGCAGUCAGGAUUGUGUAGAAUGUGCUUAUUUCCCCCCACACAAAUUUCUUCACACAACAACACGAUGAAGGCAGUGUUUUAUACACACUUUCAUACUUUCAAUUUUUAAUACGCCUAUACCUCACAAAGAGAAGGAGUAAGUGUUUACUGUUGUAUAUAUGGGUUUCCUUUGCAAAAGUGUGGAUAGUUCAUUUCUUGUUUAUCAUAAACUUCUAUCUCUUUUUCUCCCACCGUGAUAUCCCUGAAUUAAUGUCUGUGGAUUAUUGAAUGUGAUGAAGCAAAUAAAACAAAAACACAACCUGUUCUGAUUAUGGAAAAUUCAGGACACUGAGCAUAUUUUAAAUCACUUAAAGUCAUGCAUCAAAAUGGAUUUGAGAGAUAUCUCAUUUUAACAGAAGCCAGAAGUCAGCUCACAGCAUUCAUAAAAGUCCAAUAUAUCGCCUUACACAUGUCAGGAAAUUCAAGAUUUCAAUAUUAUUCUAAGCCAGAAUCCUAUUUCCUUUGAUGUUGGGGAAACGUAACAUCUCUUUUUUUUCUAUCCUUCUACCAAAGUACUUUUCUUGUGUACUUAAAAGUGACAGAGUCCGCUCCCUGCUCAGCUAGGCAUAAUCUUACUGUAUGACACAAGCAUGAUUAAUUUUUUCCAAAGUUUAUAUGUUUUAUAAUCCACUCAAGGAUUAAUGGAAUGCAUUUCUAAUGUGUCAAGACAUUGGUAAAAUUCAAAGUGGAUACUGUAUCUGACACAUUCUAUAUUUCCAUAGUCCAUUUUCCAGCAUUGUGAAACUCACACACUGCGAAACCCUGCCUCUUCUGCUUGCUCUCUCUCUCCUUCUGUGUGUGUGUGUGUGGGUGUGUGUGUGUGUGUGUGUGUGUGUAGGGUUUAAGGCUUUUGUGGAUUAUCUUUCUCCUGUAAUGAGACAAGUGGCUGAUGGCUGCAGGCCUAAUUUCCUUUUAAUUUGAUCCAGAUCUCUCCAGGUUUCAGCAAAAAAAGUUGGCUUAUUAUUUGAUGAGCUUCAUUUCAAGAUACCUUUGCUCACCUUUGCGCCAUUCAGCUACAAUCAGUUAAUUUUCUCUCUGCAAUGUGUAUAUUGUUGCCUUAGGAAUAAACAAGACUCACUGUUUUUAAUAUUCAACAAGCCAUGUUUUAAUAGAACUGAAGAACUGCCUAUAUUACAAAACAAUCUGCAAAUAAAAGGGUGUAAUUAUUGCCCAUUACUAUUGAAGAUAUUAUUAUUUGCAAAUAGUUUGUCAUUUUGGUUUGAGAAGGGUCUUUUUUUGUGAUUUUCAGAUUUUCUGAAGCUGAACGUGUCCUAAAUAAUCCCUCAUUUUAUAUUCGCAAAUGUUUCUUUUUUUCUCCUCACUUUCUAUAAUUUCACUUUUAAACGAUUUAAGUCAUCUGCAGCACAAUAAUUAUUUUUUAACAUGAUUUAAUUUUGUAAUUAACCCAUUAAAGUAAAAUAA